AUGUCCUCAGCAGAUUCAGCCAAGGAAACCAUAGAUAUCUUGCACGAAAUAGGAACUUUACUUGGCGUAGAGUUAGACAAAACAGCACUUUCUCUUUGUGUAAGCCUAUGCGAGAACAAUAUACAUCCUGAAGCGGUUGCUCAAAUUAUUCGUGAAAUCGCAUUAGCUCACCAAGACGAGCCUGAAAGCGAUACUUAG